AUGGCCAUGGUUCAGUGCGAUGGACUCAUGUUGUGUGUCUGGAGUGACAAGAAAUAUUUUAUGUUCCACAAUAUCGCCCUUUGGAAUCCCCUCACAAGGAAUUUCAACGUGGUCAAGCAUAAGCUCGCUCGGAUGGGUGAUAACUUCGGGAUCGGAUACGACGUUAACAAGCCUCGAGGUAAUUACAAGAUCUUGAUGUUUUCAGCUAAUCACUAUUGUGAAGCAGUGGUCGAGAUAUACGAGUGCAUGUCAAAAUCGUGGAGAACACUUGUUGAUUCCAAGUUUGAUUCGGAAGCAUAUCCCUGGGACCAUGGUGUCUCUAUCGUGGGUAACAUGUAUUGGCUUGUCAAGAAGAAGACUAUAAACUACAUUGUAGCUUUUGAUUUCUCCGUUGAGACAUUCAAAGACAUAUGCUUUUUUCAUCAUCUCCCUUAUGAUAAUAACUAUCUAGGCUGCUUCGAUGGGGAUAAACUGUCUUUGCUACAACAAAACCAAGACUAUCCAAGUACGAUCGAGGUGUGGGUUUCGGGCAAUCUGGCUGUUGGGAAUGUCACGUUUGCCAAAUAUUUCAGUGUGUCCAGCUCUGAUCUCCCAGCGUUUCAUUACCUUACAUUUUGGGCUCAUCCGGUAUACUGCAUUGCCAAGCACGAACAUAUCAUCACAUGGUAUACUAUGUUUUCUACUUGCUUGAUUAUUUGUGAAAUUGAUGACGGUGGGGUAAGUAAUCCAUUUGUGACAGCACAGCACUACUGGGAUGAUUGUAUUGUCACCUUCAGUUGUGGCUACGUCUACAAACCAAGCCUGGUCCCUCUUCCAUGA